GCCAUAAAUUAAAAAAAUUCAACGUUGGCAGUUCUCUUAAAAAACAUGGCAGUUCGUUCAUAAAAAUUUCCCGCCAUCUUGGAAAACUUCUUUUCAAUUUGUGAUUGGCAUUUGGUGCACGUUUUAAAGAAACAAAUCCAAAAUGCAGAUCUUCGUUAAGACACUUACUGGAAAAACGAUUACCUUGGAGGUUGAACCCUCUGACACAAUCGAAAAUGUCAAAGCUAAGAUUCAAGACAAGGAGGGAAUUCCCCCAGACCAACAGCGUUUGAUCUUCGCCGGAAAGCAAUUGGAAGAUGGUCGUACUUUGUCCGACUACAACAUCCAGAAGGAGUCUACCCUCCAUUUGGUACUCCGUCUGCGUGGUGGUAUCAUUGAACCAUCUCUACGUAUUUUGGCUCAAAAAUACAAUUGCGAUAAGAUGAUUUGCCGCAAGUGCUACGCCAGGUUGCACCCAAGAGCCACAAAUUGCCGCAAGAAGAAGUGUGGACACACCAACAACUUGCGUCCCAAGAAGAAGUUGAAGUAGACGACUGGAAUUGUGUCUGCUUGCUGCUUUCUUUUUUUUAAUUUUUCUAUGGUCUUGCAUUGGAGAAGACACCCAAACACCUUCUUCCAUGUGGAGUUGCAGAAAUUCUUUUUGUAAAAUAAAUUGUGUCGCUUGAGUUGACUCAUAGAAAAA